AUGUCUGAUCGAAUCUUCUAUAUUCACUCUAACUUGUCCUCUGUCCCAUGGGAGGGCAACACAGCAGCAGCCGUGGCUCCCAUUUCCCCUCCUACACCUGGUCACUACCAUGUCCUCUACCGAGGGUGUGGAGAAAUGCAGGUAGGCUGGCACGGGGAGACAUACUGCCUGGUCGGUGGCUACCGGGCCUAUGGGGAUGCUCCUGUGGCCACCCCAGCCAAGGUGGAAGCAGAGAAGCCAGUCCUCAGCCGCACUCCCAAGAGACAACAAGCUCUGGUGGAGUCAGAUAAAGACCUCAGUUGCUCCAGCCCCAAAAUUCAGCAACUGCAGCAUGGUGGCAGGAGGCUGACCCUGCAGAAGCUUGCCAGCUGA